AUGGUUACUACCAUCACUCUUCCAGAUAACUACGGCAAUGUCCUCGCCCUCGCCGUAGGAGUCAUCCCCCUCCUCAACUUCGUCCAUAUCUUCGUCGUCGGGAAGAACCGCCAAAAGUCUGGCAUCAGGUAUCCCCAUGCCUACGCAACUCCUGAGGAGUGCAAGCAGAACCCCGCCGCCCACAGAUUCAACUGUGCCCAACGCGCCCACAGCAACUUCCUUGAACACAUGCCGCUCACCACCCUCUCCGCCCUCGUCGCAGGGCUGAAAUACCCCAGCGCCACCAUCGCCCUGACCGGCACCUGGAUCGUCAUGCGCGCCCUGUAUAUGUACGGCUACGUAUACUCUGACAAGCCGUACGGGAAGGGGAGAUAUAUCGGUGCGCUGCAUACGUUUGCGCAGCUUGGCCUUUGGGGCCUUAGCGCUUUUGGUGUUGCGUUUUCGAUGGUGAAGGGAGACAAUUUCUGGGGAUCGAGAGUUGGAGAAGUGAGACAGAGCCCAGCUCCCGAGCCCAUCAUUGCACUAGAAAAGUACUUUACGAGAAACCAGGGUGCCAUCUAUGGGAAACCAGACGAGAAUGAUGCAGAAGCCUGGAAGCUGAUGAUUGCUUUGUUCCGCAUGUGCCAAGAUGGUUUGAAAUACAUCUCCAAAGAAGAUGGCCUUACACCUGACGAGCGCCUGCAGUUAAGCGGUUUCCACCACUGGGAAUCCUAUUUCAAGAAGGCUGCUGUUGCUGUUGCCAUGAAUGAAGUGGAUAACAUUCUGAAGGUCUCAUGGUCACCUCAAUGCCGUCAUCUUUUCCGUUACGAAUUCAACCUCCACGCUGUUCCAGCAACCAUGUCAAAAGCCCACACGAUACCGCAAAAAUGCGAAGGAUUGGGAAGACGUUUUCGAAAGAGCAUUGUCACGACGAAACAAAUUACGCAAAGAAACCCGCCUUAG